AUGGAUAGAACCCGCACGCUCUGCAAGCGUUGCGGUGGAUACGGGCACACUUUUAGACAGUGUCCUGAUUACGUCUGCUGCAUCUGCAGCGAGAUUGGACCGGAUCAUUUAUCGAUCCACUGCCCUGGACUCAAGGGACGCAUCGUGCUCCAAGAGUUUUUAGAUGAAGAGAAGUUUUUCGAAGCUCUCUUAGAUUGGGAGCAGAACCAUAAAGCACUCGCCGACCUCGCGCUCGCCUUCCCCAUUCCACCUUCCCCUAUGCCCGCGACGCCGAUACCCAUGACGCCUGUGCCAGCAACUCCCUCGACACCCGCACCAUCCUCCCAGCCUUUGGACGUAGUGUUAAUUGAAGCCGGUGACUUCAACCUUAGUAACGGGGUAAUGUUACAGGGAUCUGUAACACCUACUAGAGCCCCAGCUCUCCCUACACCUGCCCCCGCUCUGCUAGACUCCCCGCGCGGCGGUACGCCGCCUGCGCCUAGAAAGACAGCGGUCUGGACCGCUAUGACACCGCCUCAUGGCGUUAUGACCCCGCCUGAUGCUAUGACCCCGCCCCUGGCCUAG